UGCUUAAAAUGAUGUUUCUUAAAGAUAAAAUAAAAAAACCUCUUGUUCGUUUCACACUCAUGAUUACCACCGGAGGAGCCAGCUGAUUGAUUUCAUUCGCCGUUCUAUUUAUUUAUCUAUCUAUCGGACAUACAUACUCUAAAAAAAAUACUUAUACCUACCAUCUCCUCUCUCUCAAAUUGAUACACCACUGGUUAAUUAUUAUUAUCCACCAUGUCCUCCGACGACCUCCCCCCCUCAGCCAUCCCUCCCAGCGCAACGAUAUCCCAACCCUUCAACCCACCAGCCUCGACUCUCGACGCCUUCCGCGCCCAUCCCUGGUCCAACUCCCUCCUCUCGAACCCAGACUACUUUCCGAUCCGCACGUGGUCGCGAACCGCCAAACCAAGCGGCGAAGACGCCUUCUUCGCCAACACGCUCGGAACCGACUCCACCAUCCCUCAUGUCCUGACCUUACGUCGCAAAGACAUCCCCUCUGUGCCGCGGGAUCCGCCCCAGAUCCGCCUCGAUGCGCAGGGCAGACCGAUCACGCCUAGUGCGCCCGCCCGUCCGCCGGAUAUGAUCUCGUUGCUUAUGCUGUCGAAUCCGGGGAUCAGUGGUCAUCCGUCCACGGCGCAUGGGGGCGCGGUGGCCACGAUUCUAGAUGAGGUUGUCUCGCUGUGUGUUGCGCUGCAUGUGCCUGCGUAUGCGGAGAAUGAGGCCGAGGCGCGCGGAGCGUUGUAUACAAUGCAGUUGGAUGUGAGGUAUAAGAGGCCGGUGUAUGUGCCUGGGUUGGCGGUCGUGAAGGCCUGGUGCGUCGCGAGGGAUGGGAGGAAGUAUUGGAUGAGAGGGCAGUUGGUGCAGGAGGAAGAGGGUGAGGAGGGGAAGAAUGGGAGAAGUGGUGCUGGGCAGUUGGAGUGGGUGAAGAGGAAGACGGUUAGGACGGAGGCGUUGGGUUUCUGGUUGCAGACGAAGGGGAAGUUGUGAGUGAGUGAGCUGCUCGGCAAGAUGAUAGAUGGCAGUUUUUUGAUGAUCGAGGAUAGAUAGAGAGAAACGGUCAUGUAGAGUGGUUUAUAUAAGGCGCUUCCCUGGAAGCCACUAUGGCAUUGGCAUGUAUAUACAGACAUGUAUUAACUAUAUUCUUAGAUAGACAGGAAACACACGCAUCUAUAUGUAUAUAUAUAUAUAUAUAUAUAUAUAUAUA